AUGGCGAUGGAGGCGACAGAGUGUGAUACGUGUCUGACCACACCUCGUCCGUGCAUCUUUCUGCACGGUUUGGGGAACCCAAACGAAGAAGCACAAUUGCAAGACAGCCCGAAGCUCACAAAGAGGAAAUUCGGUGACAUGCACGGCCACGCUCCUUGCUGCUCCGAGAUCAAGUACGCUGUCCUUAAUACGAAUGACGCAGGUUGGAGAAAUGACACUCUCCAACAGAGGUUCUGCGACCUCUCGCUCUCGAUGAGUAGUACCAGUGACGUCGCUGCUAAGGUCAUCGACAAUACUAUUAUCGUGACACACUCGAUGGGCGGACUCGUGAUGGCUCACGCUCUCGCUAAGGGCAAGUGCAGCUUCAGCAAGACGACGUCGUGGGUGGCUCUGAGCCCCCCAAUGUUGGGCAGUAUGGCUUCGGACUAUCUUAUGGACAUCUGCGACGAGAACAACGACAUCGCUGCGGGAUUAUUCGAGAUACACACGUCUCCGUCCAUUGACGCUGCCUAUGUGGCCGCUCAGGAUGCGUAUCGUAACAAUGUUGCAGCAGCGAUGUGCAGCGAUAGCUUCGUCGGACUCCUUUCAACCUACCAAGUUCCGUGCAUUCUUGCUGGCACUGCCGUCCCGCAUAAGUCCAAGAAGAACGACGGGCUUGUCGAGUUUCAGAGCUGCUUGGGCGGCCUCGACGAGAACCUCUUUGGCAACCACUACUUGGAUCGAUUCUACAGACCCCAGCUGAACCACGCAGAUACGGCAUUUCUCACGGGCGAGGGCAUCCUUAAGAACUCCCAGAAGCCACACAAGUGGUUUGAAUGUCUAGCACUAUAG